AAGAUGGCGUCCGUUUUGAGGAUGAGCUUCACCAGUCUUAUGACAGUUAUCUCCCUUGUACAAAUCGGUGCAGCACUUCCGGGAUCUGCCGGUUUAUUGAAUUACCCAGCCCUUUAUGACAUGAUAUCACACUCUAUAAAGACCGCAGUCAGGGAACUAGACGUUAGGAAACAUUUAGAAGAACAACAUUUCCACUCAGGAAAUGAUCGAAAGAUGUCAGAAGGUCAUUUAUGGCAUCACGCGCGGUUCAUGUUUUCUGGAGACCGCGGGAAAAUCUCACAACUAAAUGACAAGGCGUAUAUCAGUAUUCGAGCGACAAAAGAACUGCUCCGCAUAUCAAAACUACCACUUGAAGUACUUCAGUCUGACCCGAAAAUAGUUGCUAAGUGGCGGAAGUGUAUUGAGCCACAUUGUAACUGCCCGGUCCCGCAGUGUAACCCGAAGGACUGCUACCGCACGGCCGACGGCACGUGUAAUAAUCUAAAGUAUCACACAUGGGGCGCCUCCCUGACUCCACAGCUGCGAUACCUACCGGCUGCGUACGAUGAUGGUAUAAACAUGCCGCGACUCUUCAGUGUGACUGGUAAACAUCUCCCUAGUCCUCGAGUGGUCAGCAAUGUCCUUCACAGCACUGGUACCUGUCACUUUGACGAAAAAGGUCACUCUGUUCUGUUGAUGACCUGGGGUCAGAUGAUCGAUCACGACUUCCAAGGAACUCCAAUGAACAAAGGUUUUAAUAAUUCCGACAUCAUGUGUUGUUCACUUGGGGAAGCUGAAGCCGACCAGAGGGGUUCGUGUUUCCCCAUCAAGGUGCCAAUGAAUGAUCCCCGAUUCAGGCAAAAGUGCAUGAACUUUGUUAGAUCUGCAAUUGCACCCACGCAAUUAUGUGAUAUGGGCGUGCGCAAUCCUGUCAACCAGCACUCAUCACAAAUAGACGGUUCUUUACUGUACGGUUCUACACAGGAAAUUCAAAACAGACUGAGGGCAGGCUACGGAGGUUUGAUGAAGAUGAGCAAACAAGGUCUGAUGCCUCCCGCUGACGGUAACAAGUGUAUGCGGUCUAACCCAGGAGAAUACUGUUUUGACGCAGGUGACGACAGGAACACUGUGGUUCCAACGUUGGCUGUGCUCCAUACACUAUUUGUUCGAGAACACAACAGUAUCUGUGGAAAACUUCAUAAAUACAAUCCUACCUGGUCUGACGAAAAACUAUUUCAGGAAUGUAGAAAAAUUGUAUCAGCCAUUUUACAGCACAUUAACUACAACGAAUAUUUACCAAACGUUCUUGGUGAUGCACAUAUGAGGGCGCACGGUCUCUACUCCACGCCUAAAGGUCAUCACACUGUGUACAACCCAAAGGUUAAUCCUACUGCUUCUAACGUGUUUGGAGUAGCUGCUUUUCGUUUCGGACAUUCCCAGAUUCCAAAUCUCCAGGGCAUGAGAGACCCACACACGCAAGUGACAAAGACGGUCCCAAUACAGUAUACCUUCAACAGACCUGCUAUGAUCUUUGAUGACAACGGUAAAGGCUGUGGGAGAAUGGCUUACUGGCAACUUAACAACAAGCAGGCACAUCAAGAUAGAUUUUUACAAGAUGGUGUAAGAAAUUACCUAUUUUUAGACAAGCAAGGAAAUAGUUUUGAUUUGGCUGCUCUGAAUAUUCAAAGAGGUCGUGAUCAUGGAAUAGCUCCCUAUAAUGCAUGGAGGAAAUGGUGCGGAUUCAAGCCCGCAUUUCACUUUGGUACUGGACCAGGAGGCCUUGUCAACCAUGACCACGAGUCAGCAAUGCUUCUGUCUAAAGUAUACAAACACCCGGAUGAUAUCGACUUGUUCACUGGAGGACUUUCCGAAAUGAAUGCUCAAGGUUCACUGACGGGACCCACAUUCGCGUGUAUAAUUUCAAAGCAAUUCCAGGCCUUUAAAGUAGGGGACAGGUUCUGGUACGAAAACGACUUCCCAGCUAUUGGAUUCACUAAAGGCCAGCUUAAUGCGAUCAAACGAGUCAGUCUUUCUCAACUAAUGUGCGCUAGUAUGGGCUUGCGGCAAAUCCAGCCUGACGCCUUCCAUGUACCAUCCUUUAGGAAUCCUCUUGUUGGUUGUGAGUUCCUGCCUCGCAUUGACCUGCGUCACUGGAUCGAGGGUGGCAACCGACAAUAUCAACCCUUCAAAGGAAUGAUGUUUAAUCAACAAAACAUAGUGCCGUAUAAUUUAGUGCCUUUCUGGACUUUUUCAUCAUUACCAAACAACAUUGCGUUUCCAGCAAUGUACAAUAACAUGAAAGUAAACUUUAAAAGUGACGUUUAUUAGACGAAGACCUGUACAUCAAAUUGAUACAAGAACUGGAUGUUGGUUAUGACUUUAUUCAGUGUUAUAGAAACAGAAGAUGACAAAGAACCGGUGACAUGGUCAUCAACGGAAGCGUUUGAUCUAUGUUAGAUGUUUUAGUGCUUCAUGGAUAAUAUAAAAUCAAGUAAUAUUUUGUGAUUACAUACACUGGAUUUUUCUUGGCAUAAGAGUUUUUUCAUUGUAAAAUUGAUUUUAUAAAGAGAUAAACAGUGAUUUAGUAAAAUAGUUACUAUCGAUGUUGCUAAAAUAGAUAUACAGUUGGGAGCAAACUUAACUUGGUAUCUAGUGCACUUUGCAGUGCAAACGUAGUGAACAAGGUAGUGCGUUAGACAAAACAUUGCAGUGCACUCUAGUGCACUAUAAUGUGAACGUAUCGGCUUACAGAAGUGUAUAUUCGAAAAUUUAUAAAAAUAGUCAUAUGUUUUUAAUUAUGUUCUUCGGCUAACGUGAAUGAUAAUUGUGUGUAAACAAGAUACAUUUUGUGAGUAACGUUAUCAUUAAUAAAAUUCUGUCUCCUCAAACAUUGUUUUCAA